UGGCGUACAGUUCAAACGAUCCUCGGCCCACCUGUGUAAAAACCCGCGUUGAACUGCAACAGGUGGAACGCGCUGCGCCGUUCUUUUUAAGCCUGCCAAAGUAUUGACCUUUAUUGGACAACUGAAAAAUUCGCAUUUCAAGUGACUUGUGCAAUAAAAAAACAUAACUUAUACAAACACAUAUAUGCAUAAAUAAAAAAAUAUUAUUAUUAUUUAUAAAAAAAAAAAAAAAACAUAAUAGAAUUAUUUAAACACACAACUAUUCAUUACAACAGUUUUCAGUACUUAAAAUAUUCCACUAAAAUGAAUUAUUGACUUAAAAACAUGUAGAAUAUGAAAUCUAGAUAAAAUAACGGGCGAAAUAUAUUCUUCACAUUAUGAUUACUUACAUUUUUGGGAUGACCCUUAGUGGUGAAGCGUGUGAUACCCCAAAAAGGUCAAUUAAGAACAGGUGAAUGAGUUUGCGCGGGAUUCAUGGAGGAGCGCACCUUGCUAAGGAACUGAGAAGAGCUGGUGCCGUGACCUAAACGAAUGCACAUAUUGUACAUACAGAUGUAUUUUUCCGACAAAUGAGCGGGAAAUGCAAUGAUACGGUUGCAGCGCGUUAAAGGUUUCUGAUGUUUAUAAUGGAUAUGCAAACGUCAUCACCCCGCCAUCAUGGCCAUGGGCUUUCCGGGUCGGUACUCUCGCAUCAGAUUCAACACCGUAUAAUACAACAUCAGCCUUCGAGUAUACACAGUGCACAAGAACAGACACUAAAUUCUGAGCACAAUCAUAAUCAGCAUUUGCAGCAGCAUCAACAACAUCAGUUGUCACAGCACCAGUCUCAGGUCGAUACGCCUACCUUACACACUUUGCAGAGCAUUCCCAAUGAUAGUGUGAGCCUUGCUCAUGAUCUCCAACAGCAUAUCGGAAGUAACGUCUAUGACUCACCGCAAAUAGAUGAAAAGGGAAAGAUGACCAACAAGUUUGAUGAAUAUUCAAACCGGAUUUUGAGUACAACGCCGCCAAUUGCAAACAACAAUUUCAUGACAAAUACUCAGGGAGUUGAUGGAUGGAUAGCAGCAAUGAAUGAUGUACAAAAUGGGGCAGAAGAUUCCCAUAGUUCGCAAGGCAGCAUUUCGGGAGAUGGUCACGGCGGUGUUAAUCAAUUGGGUGGCGUAUUUGUUAACGGUCGCCCCUUGCCCGACGUCGUACGGCAGAGAAUUGUGGAGUUGGCUCACAACGGUGUCCGUCCCUGUGACAUAUCACGACAGUUACGUGUGAGCCAUGGCUGUGUGUCCAAGAUACUAUCGAGAUAUUAUGAGACUGGUAGCUUUAAGGCCGGCGUUAUUGGCGGUUCUAAGCCAAAAGUUGCCACACCGCCCGUUGUGGAUGCUAUUGCGAAUUAUAAACGCGAGAAUCCAACAAUGUUUGCUUGGGAAAUUCGGGAUCGGUUAUUGGCCGAGGCAAUAUGCUCUCAGGAUAAUGUGCCCAGUGUUUCCUCAAUAAAUCGAAUCGUUCGCAAUAAGGCAGCGGAAAAGGCCAAGCAUGUGCAUCAUCAUCACCAAAAUCAGCAUCAUGUGCCACAGAAUCUCAGUCAUAAUAUUACCACAGAGAGUCUCGAUAGUAGCACUGGUACAAAUGGUGGAGAUCCAAUUCCACAGGCACCUAAUAAUCACAGUGCUAAUCCAAAUUGCGGGACUAGUAAUAGUAGUGCUAACUCCAAUUCUACAAUACCCAUUCCCAUUUCCGUUCCUGAUUCCUCUGUCCCAGUUCCCAUUAUCUCAAUACCGAUACCUAAUGAUAGCGCAAACGGGACAACGACUGAACAACGCACCACCACGGGAUAUAGUAUAAAUGGAAUUUUAGGGAUUCAACAUCAUGCUCAUCAUUCGCACAACAACAACAACAACAACAGUGUCAACAAUAACAAUAACAAUGCAACACCAGAUCCAAAUUGUAAACGCAAAAGAAUCGAGGCACAUGAUGAAAACCGCGACAUAAAUACCAAUUCCGAAGAUGAAGGGAAACGUCAGCGGAUGGGUUAUACCGGCGACCAACUUUAUCCAAAUAUUUGGUCUGGAAAAUGGUGUAUUAAGGAUGAGCAUAAGCUUCUAGCAGAGUUGGGCAAUCUAACAACAGGUUCCGGAACUGGAAAUUGCGCCACGGCACCCUACUAUGAAGCAGCAAAUGGAUUUUCUUCAGGCUCUUUACCAGGAGCGGUCUCCUCUUUACCAGGAGCGGUCCCUGGGCAUGGACCAUCGGGAAGUGAUACGUCAAUGCUUUACGAUAGUAUUGCAACCAUUUCACAAAGUCAAGGAACACUCUAUACACAAACUAUCGGACCAUCGCUUGGCGGCAGUUCGUUAACCCCAUUAGUUCCAAUAAAUAUGCAUGACAUGAAGAUAAGUACGAAUACAAUGCAGGAACAGCAGGCAAUAGCUCCAUUUUACACAGCUUUAGGCUUCGACGGCAACUAUGCUCCAAUGGAAACUGGCUCAAUUUCAACGGCACCACAUGGGAACAUAGUAUCCUUGUCCGAGAUCUCGGUUAAUGCUACAAAUCAUUGCGGAAAUGUUAAGGAACCCGUUAACAAAAACUGUGAUCGAGACGGCGAGGGAGAAAAGAAUAAGGAAUCGGAAAAGCGUAAUAAUGAUGCUCCGGACCUUCAUGUCACAGAAGAUCAGCUGAUGAAAGGAAAUCAAAGUCAAUUACCAAAUACCAUAACGCACACAUCCCUGAUACUUCUGCAACCCAGUUUAGGCACAACCUCCGAUCGAUUAGAUGCUGAGCCCAAUAAUCCGCGUAGUAAUGUAGGCCUAUAUCCGACAACAGCAGUGCUGCCAAGUUUUAAUCAUUAUUCUGCAGGUUGCAGUUCUGUUGUACCUACUUCGGAUUACGCAUAUAACCCGGCUUAUACACAAUAUGGCGGUGCUUAUGGGUCCUAUGGUUAUGGAGCUGGGGGUGGUUUAAUAAAUUCAUCGUAUUAUUACGAGAGCACCGGUCAAAGCCAGUCUAUAAGUCAGGAUCUGCGAUCACCCCUAGCGGCAACAAGAGCCAACUCCUUGGCUUCGGCUGCAUCGCCUGGAAGUGGAAGUGCUUGCACUAAAUCCGAGUCAUCGGACAUAUUUCUGGCUUAAAAUUUAAGGAUAUCCAAAAAAGUAAAUUGAUUUUCUUUGUUGAAAUUCGAAGAAAUCCAAAUGAUUUAAUUUAUUUGACUUAUUUUAUUUUAUUAAUAUCAUUGUCCACACAGCCGAAGGUCCGGUAGCCAGCGGUAUAUAAUAUAAGAUCUUUCAGUUUUGUAAAAUUCUCGUUCCCUUAAAAAUGAAUAUACAUAUAGUUCUGGCUUAUAACAUUUUAUUCGAAUUAUUUUGAUUUUUUUCGAAAGUUAUACAAAUUUGUUAAAAUUAUAUAUAUAUAAUUUCCUUACUUUAAAAAAUUGCUUCAUUUGUAUGAAAAUAGACCCAACUCAUUUUCAUACACAAAUCUUGCAUUUAUUGUUAUAUUUUAAGUUAAAAUCUGAAAGUUAAAAAAGGCUGGCAGUAUAUAAGAAUGAAAAUAAUGCUUACGAAAGAGACAUUAGAAAUAAACAUACCAAAAAAAACCAAAAAUCAAAUCUAGGAAAACAUGAAAACCAAAAACAAAAAAGUUUUUAAAAAACUUUCUAAUUAUUUUUCUGUAUUUAUUUAUUAUUUUCAUAUAUUUAAAAAGUCACAACAUAUUUUAUAUUAAAGGAUAACAUGUAAAAAUUGUACAUAUGCUUUGAUAUUUACAUUAAUGCUUAGCGAGUUUAAAAAGAAAAUGCGCACAAGUAAAAUUAAUAACUUAUAUACAAAUAUAUUAACGUUUGUAAAAAACAAAGUACUACUUAUCUUUAACUUUGUUUUAAAUUUAUAAUUUUAGGUCCUAAAAAAUGUCAAAACAAGAAAACGUAUGAAAAAAGGUUUGCAAUUUAAUCAAUUCAAAUUAAUUAUACAUUUUUACCAAAAUUGUAUAGGAAAUAAUAACAAAAUUAGAAUAAGAGUGUCAGG